AUGAAUUUUGACUUAAGCAAAUCAGGAGAGCAAAGAGUGUUACAUCUGAACGAGAUAGAUAAAUGGAGGAUGAAAGCAUAUGAGAAUGCAAGGAUAUACAAAGAAAGAAUUCAGAAGUGGCAUGACGAGUAUAUUAAGAAUCUAAAAGAUUUCAAAGUUGGUGAUCUUGUGUUACUAUUCAAUUCUUGUCUACGGUUAUUUCCGGGGAAGCUCAAGUCUAGAUGGUUUGACCCAUAUAGAGUAACCAAAGCUUUACCUCAUGGAGCUAUUGAGAUUACCCAUCCAGAGAAGGGUAUAUUAAAGGUGAAUGGACAUAGGCUGAAACCAUACUACGGAGGGGAAGUUGGUAUGGCCCCCAGAUCAAAGAAGGCAGCUGGUAAUCAUCCUAGAGAGCCUACUCCAGAGCCAAAAAACAUGGAAUUUAUACUUCCCGAACAUCGAACUUAA